AUGCUAGACGAUCCUCACAAAACAUAUCACCCGGGGGAAGAAGUUGCCGGUCAGGUCAUUCUUGUACUGGGCAGAAACGUAACAGAUGUUUCCAUAAAACUUGCCUUGAUAGGAAUGAUCAAGGUUCAUCCGAAUACACCACUUAGGUCCGGUAAGAAGGAAGUGCUUUUCAAUCGAGAAAUACUACUUUAUGGAGAUCGAGCGAACAACGAACUAGCACUAACUAAAGGUGAGCAUAGAUUCCCAUUUAUAGUGAAAUUACCUCGAAAAAACAUACACACAAGUAUAUCAUUUGAGAAGGGUGAAAUCAAAUACUGCUUGCGUACAGAUCUAUGCGAUGGAGAAUCUAAUGAUGCUAAGUUCGCCACAUCGGAAAUGCUUCUUAACAUCGUGAAACCGAUCAACGUCACGCUAUUACCUGAAUCACGACCUAAGACCUUCACAUUUAAAAACAGCAGGGGUAUUAUGCAUCGGAUUUCUUCCUCAACGUCGUCUCUUAACUCGUCUGAUUCGGUAGAACCCCAGCGUGACUCAUCAGUGGUGAGAAAUUCAAACAAAAUUAAAGUUAAAAUGGAAAUACCGUCGCUUGGCUACCUUAAAGGAGAAUCAAUUCCGGUGAAGCUUAAUAUUCAACAUUACAAAAGGAUUAGCAACGUGAACGGCAUCUUUAUUACAUUUCUACGUGUGUGUACACUUGAUAUGGGUGACGAGUAUGAACUGCAGUCAUUUCGAAAGGAUCUAGCACAGACAAUAGUACCUUUGAUUGUUGACCCAGAUUCAAAAUCAAGCUACGAGAUUUGUACUAGUCUAAAGGUUCCUUUAGACUGCUUUCCCACAAUCGUCACGAAUUUGGUAUCCUUUCAGUACUACAUCGAAGUUCUUAUCAACUUGUCAAGUUCUGCUCGAAUACCGGGGUUGCAAAAGCGGAAGCAGCUUGUGGACGAUGAAGUAAUACAUCUUAACUCAGAGGAUACCAUUUAUAACGUCGAUAAACUUAAACAGAUGAAAAACGUGCUUACGAUGACUUCCGAAGUGGUGGUCGGGACUGAGAGGUUACCUGUUUCCGGAAACAGCAAAAAGCAUCGGCAAAGAUUCCGUUUAGUUAAUUCUUCUAUAAGAAUUGCAGACACACCUCAGGAAAGUGUUUCUUCGUUCGACUUAGAUUCUAGGGCUAACUCAGAUGUGCAUUCAAACAACACACUAACAACAUCAGCGUCCAAUAACCAAGUGCAGACAGGUGAAAAUGAUGGUACUAACGGAGAUACCGGUGCGACAAGUACGGCUUUGGAGGUGUCAAAAACUUCUAGGGAUAGAUCUUCUAGUGCUCACUCUUUCAACAAUUUGCUACCAGAUAGAAUAUCAAUUCCUUCAAUUCCGUCACCCCCUCCCUCGGGAACACUUGCUACUGCUGAGGAGGAGAAGGAGGUGCUUCGCUUACGUGAGCAGGCACUACUUCCUAGUGAGCCUCCAGAGUUCAACUCCGAUGCUACUCACGAGACACAUGAGUACACUACUAGACGCAUGUCACCUCUUUCGCCACCAUCUUCUGUUGAGGACUUUCCCGGAAAUUUGAAUGACUCUGGUGAGCAGCAAAGCUCAGAAGAGCUUCCACCUUCGUACAGCGAAACUAUAAGCAGAGAGCGUGAUGGAAAACGCCGGGUUUCCCUACGGUAG